CCCCAUGCUGCAGGGAGCCCAGGGAGAGAAGGUACCGGGGGGCGCCUCCUAACAAAGCAGGGUCCAGGCUGCCCGGAGCCCCCGGCCGCCCCGGGGAGCAGCAGGCUGCGGGCCGUGCGACCGGGUAGGGAGGGCUGCCAGGGCGGACCCGGGCACAGCCGAGCCGAAGCUCCACCAAGAGCAAGGAGCAGAAAGGAAAGUUUCGAAAUAGCAUCCGAACGAGCGCCAAGGACCGGAGCGAGCGGAGCUCCCCGCCUCGCAUCAGCCCCCGAUGGUGCAUCCGAGGGGCUGCGUCAGAGAUGUGAGCGUCCCCUGCCCGCUGCAUGGAGAGGGGUGAAGGCGCAGAAACCCCUCGUUAUUUAUUUAUUUAUUGGAAGCAAUGUAUGGGUGACACCCAGAAGGCAUCUGAGCCUGAAAAAAACCUAACCACCCCUGGACCCAAACGAGAACAAGAAGAAUGAGACAGCAGCCUUGACCCUACACUGAGAGGAAGGUGAGCAGAAAGAAAGAAAACACAGAAAAGCCAUGCAAGCACCAAACCUGUAGAUUACUGCAGGUCUUUUUUGCUUCACUGAGGACAAAUAUUUUACUGACAGCCAUGCAGCAUAAAGGCAUCAUGCUGAUUGUGUUCUUGGAAUAUUUUAUUUCUGGACAUGGGGAAGCAGAUCCUGUGAGGCCACGAGCCUUCCGCUGCAAUGGCCACGCCUGCAACCCUCCCGUGGGGAACCUGGCCACAGGAAGGACACCAGUGACCACCACCACGUGUGGCCAGAACAGCACAGAGCUCUACUGCUCCUACCCAGACCAGCACCUCCUCCACCACGUCUCCCUUGGCUGCGGGCAGCCCCGCUGCACCAAGUGCAACACCAACCAGCCCGAUAACUCCCACCUCCCUGCUGACAUGACAGAUGACUUCUUUUCAAACCCCAUCUCCUGGUGGCAGUCUGCCCAAGGGGUACAUAGAGAGGAAAUCCGACUGGACUUUGAAACAGAAUUCUACCUGACCCACGUCAUUGCUGUGUUCAAGUCACCUCGCCCGGCUGCAAUGGUGUUGGAAAGAUCCCAGGAUUAUGGGCAGACUUGGAGGCCCUACAAGUAUUUCUCUGUCAACUGCACAGCUACUUUUGGGCUCCAGGAUGAUCUCAUUGAGGAAGGCUCCAUGUGCACUUCCAGGUAUUCAGAUGCAGUGCCCUGUACCAGAGGAGAGGUGAUUUAUCGUGCUUUGAGUCCGGCUAACAAGAUCGAAGACCCUUACAGUCCUAAGGCUCAGGAUCUCCUGAAGCUCACCAACCUCCGCCUGCUUUUGUUAAAAAGACAGGAAUGUCCAUGCCAUGGCUCAGGACUGGUAGAGAAACCCCAGAGAUUUGCCCACUAUGCCAUUUAUGACCUGAUCAUCCGGGGAAGCUGCUUUUGCAAUGGGCAUGCAGAGGAAUGUGAGCUUGCCAACAGGACGGGAGUUACAGAGAACAUGGUCCAUGGGAAGUGUGUGUGCAGACACAACACAGCAGGGGACCACUGUGAGAAGUGUGCUCCGCUCUACAAUGACCUGCCUUGGAAGCCAGGAGAUGGGAAAACAGGGGCACCAAAUGAAUGCAGAAAGUGUCGCUGCCACAACCACGCCAAGAGCUGCCACUUUGACCUGAGCGUGUGGCUGGCCUCGGGGAAGCGCACUGGGGGGGUCUGUGACAACUGCCAGCACAACACGGAGGGACAUCGGUGCCAGAGGUGCAAACCAGGCUUCUACCGAGACAGAGGGAAGCCCAUGUCUUCUCCAGAGGUCUGCAAACCCUGUGCCUGCCAGCCCAUGGGUUCAGCCAACGCCACGUUCAGCAGCAGCUGGAGAUGCCACCCCCGGACUGGAUUCUGCUACUGCAAACCAGGAGUGGCGGGUCCCAACUGUGACAGGUGCCUCGUGGGCUACUGGGGCUUUGGAGAGCACGGCUGUCGCCCCUGUGACUGCGCCAGAGACUGCGACCAGCGCACCGGGACCUGCUUCAAAGGCUAUGACAGUGAGCCCUUCUUUAACAUCCCCAUCGGGGGACGAAUCCCUGAUCUCGCCCAAACACCAGGCAAUGACAGCGAAGAGGAGUGGAGAUGGAAUGACCAUGAGCAGGGAUUUUCUGCACUGAGGCACCCAGAAAAGUGUGUGUGUAAAGAAAAGGUGCUUGGAAGCGUCAGUGACUUCUGCCAAAUGAAAUAUGCCUAUGUAAUAAAAGCAAGAAUCCUAUCUGCUCAUGACAAAGGGACCCAUGCAGAAGUUGUUGUGAAAGUGAAGAAGGUCCUGAAAUCAGGCAAAGUGAAAAUUGAUCGGAGCAACAGAAGCAUUUACCCAGAAUCCUGGACCAACAGGGGCUGUACAUGUCCCAUUCUCAAUCCUGGUACUGACUAUCUUAUAGCAGGCCAGGAGGACUCUAGGACUGGCAAACUCCUUGUGAACAUGAACAGCCUGGUGAAACCCUGGAAGGCAUAUUUGGGAAAACAAGUAUCAGAUAUUCUUCGAACUGGAUGCAAAUAAUUUCUGCUUCAGAAAUUACAAUUCUGGACUUUGCCUUUUAGUAACACUGCAGGGAAAGGUGUAGUUAGUUCAUGCAUUUCCAUUCAACAUGCUCCUAGCUGAAGUGAGGAAAACAGACUUGCCAUCUCUCCUUUCAUGUGCUUAGACAGGAAACUUGGGACAUGACUACUUUAAAAAAAAAUGCACAGCCUUAUCAUACAAAAUUGCCUAGUGCAUCAUAUAUAGAUCACAAGUCAGUUCUUCACCUGAGCCUGAUUCCACCCAGAAUCAUUUUACAAGGCAAAACUGAAGAUAUGGAUUAGUGUUUCCAUUCUUCAGGUCAGAGUUUGAUAUGCAUAAACUGCUUUCAUAACACAUUCAUUACUGGGGUGUAAUUUUCUUUAUAAGAGACCCCUAAAAGGCAGCAAUUUCUUUCAGCUUUACAAGUGGCAUAAUACUAAAUAGGCAUAUAAGAGAGCUCAGGCUGAUUUACCAUCAGACUGCAAUUAUGCCAAUAUAAUGGGCUGCUUUCUAGAAGACAAUAUUAUCCCACUGCUGACCAGAAACAAACAUGUGGCUUAUCUUGGGACAGUGUCCUUUAGAAAUGUGCACUGCUAUCAUCAAUGCUUAGUCCUGAGCUCUGCUGCAGAAACCACCUUGGCUUAAACCCCAUUCCAAAUCUCUGCUGUAGUACUUUGUCUGUAACACCACAAAGGUUUCAGAGCAAUAACCUAAAUAAGCCUUAAUUACAGGAAAAAGCCGAAGCACGAGAAACUAGUAGCUGCUCUACUGUUGAAAUUGUGACACUACAAAAACGACAAAGCAGAAACAAGAGGUGAAUGGCUUGGCUGGACCAUGUAUCAAAUGAGGUGAGCUGUAGUUCUGGGAGAGCAACCUGGCUAUUCCAGCUGUGCUCAGGACCACUGGCCUUCGAUUGCACUUAGUGCUUUCAUUGUGCUUUAUUUCUCUUGGUCACACUUCAGGGUAAGAUGUUGAAGCUCUGCUUCCUUCCCAUAGUGCCUGAGGAUUAUUUCUCCCUCUGCAAAAGUACAGGAGUGGUAACAUCUGCACUCCCAGUAAAAUUAGUCCUGCUCUGCAAAAGCAUUCUUUCUAAAUCAUUUUUACCCUAUAGUAUUCAAGAGGUAGCUACCUAAAUCCUUCCCUAACACAGAAUUUUGAGGAAAUUGUAGUUUGAGACUUGUGUGCCCUGUUUAAGGACUCACAACCAAAUGAAGAUGGUUGGAGCACUCUCUCUUCAAUUAAGCAGAAAUUACAAUCAGUCAAUGGGUUACAGAAAAAGAGCAAGCACAAAUGCUACUUUUGCAUAUUUCAAUUGCAUGUCUAAUUUUUAAUGCUCCUAGGGAAGAGGAGAUGUUUUAAUUUAGCACUGUCUGAUUGGUAAGUGGGAUACCUAGAAAACCCUAACACUAAUGCAGAACGAUGGAAUUUGCAACCUACAACUUGGGCCAUUGAUUUGUUCUCUCUACCACUGAGAACAUAUAAAUUCAGCUUCUUCCAUUUGAUUUACUGCUGUUUUACUUUGAAUUUCACAUUGAUUGAACAGCAGAAAAAUCCUCAGCUCAUUUGGAAAUGGAUGACAGGCAGAUCUUUAGAAAAAAAGAGCUCCAAUUUGUUUCCCAACAAGAUACAAACAGUGUUUCUAGUGUUUCUUCUGCCCUCCUUUUCAGGAAAUUUCCCUUCCUCCAUUACUUUCCUCCUUUCACUUCAAUAUUUAUUUGUUGUUACUUAAAGCGGUAUCCAACGAUGUGGCAUCUCCAACAAGCUAUUUAAUUAAUGCAAUAAAACACUUUUUAACCAAGACAACUGGCAGAAUUUGAAAUGUCAGCCUUAUGAAAUUAGGAGUCCAGCAACUGCUUUCUCUACUGUCUACAGAAACUGUCUCACAAAAAAAGAUUAACUAGUUCUCUUUCAAAUAUCACUAAAGACCUGUACAUGAAUUUACAGUCUGAUCUCAAAGGGCCUCUCGCAAGAAAUGGAAUUCAAGUGUAGGUAUAGAAUUAAACUAAGGAACAUGCUUUUCAACAGAGGCCGUUUUACUUGUAGGGGAUCUUAUUUAAUGACAAUGAGGAUAUUCCCUGUUGGUUUAUAGUCUGCACUGUAUUAAAGCAAACAUCUCUAUUCUACUUUUUGUGCCAGACUGGUGGUUUUGUGGGGAGGGUAAACAUCUGCAUAGUUCUCUUCUGCGAAUGAAAGUUAUUUUUUGACACAGUCAUUUACUAGCAUUACUAGCAACUGCUAGUAGAAAUACAACUUGGAACAAGAAUAUUGAUACCGUGGUGUGUUUUCUUGGGGCCUAUGAUAAUAGUGAUUAAUGACUACCAAAUGAAACACUGUGCUAUGCAAACAAGAUAAUCAAUACAUCACACAUUUCAUACAUUUCAGGUAUCUCAAAAGCAUUUGAUAUAUACACAUAUCUUUCUCUAAAAUUAACUGCAAUUUGACUUUUUAUUGGUAUCACUACUUUUGCUAAUCAGGCAUCUCUGAGUUCAUGGAGAAGAAAAAUGAAAGAAUAAAGUUUUGACUCCCUCAGAGCUACCCUGAGCAGUCUUUGUUCCGCAGUGCUACAAUCCAGGUAGCCUGUCUGAAAAUAAGAAUCUAAAUAGAAAUGGAUUGCACAGAUCACAUUAGAACAGAUAGUGAUGAUAGGAAAGUUUAAAUCGAUCAUUGAGACUUCAGAGAGGAAAAGAGCUAUUUUCUUGUGCAGGGUACAUGAAAUGGAAAUGAGUGCAAGAUGACAACUGACGUCCUAGGAAAGGCUGUUGCAUAUCUGUCAGAACAAGCAAGCAGGUUGUACAUAGUGAAUUAAAAGAGCUACCACAGAAGGCACAGUAUUCUUGUACCAAGAAAGAAUUGGGUUCUUUGGACCUUUGUACCAUAUCCUCGUGACCUUGUGACUUAGCUGUGUCUUGGGUGACACAGUAAGACAAAGAAUACCAGUGUGGACAAAAGGAUGAAUUUGCCCAAUAUAAGGUGGCUGGGCAGCUUCUUUUAGUACCUGUAAACUGGAGCCUGUCUUUAGGAAGGCCGUACAAACACUCUACAGCAUCCAAACAGGCAAAGUGGCUCACAAGCAACAGCAACCCCAUACCAAAAAGCAGCAAUGAUGUAUUUCUUGGAAGUCCUCAAUAAGGAUAAAAUAAGAGCCUUUACUCACAAGAAAAGAAGUCUGGAAAGCUGUAGAAAAUUUCUAACAGGGCAAGUGAGAGUUUGAAGCAGUAGACAUAUCUCUUCAAAAAGCAGCAAAUUCAGGACUGCUAGAGGUCACUGCAGCUCUUGCUAACAGCUGUGCAGCCUGUGUAUCCAGGAGCAGGUGACCCUUCUGGCAAUGUGGAUUGUUACAGCAUCAAUACUUCAUUAAAUGGUCAUUGAGUGCUGAGCCCUAACUCCAAUAUACUGACAUAUUGCUAAUAAUGCUUCUCCAGUUUUCUGCUCCCAGCAAGCAGUGAAGAGGGAAAAUUUACCUACACAGCCUGUGCACUGCCCUUCUCAGAGGGGCUCAUGCUAUAAAGACUAAGUUUUCUCUCUAGCAUCUACCAUGUCUCAUAAUUUUUCCACAGUGCUUGAUGUAAGCUUUUCUUGAAUUAAUGUAAUUCACAGGAUGGGCACUCUCAAGUCCACCAAACCUGGAAAAGCUAGUGUUGCUUAUUAUGUGUUGUAGAAAUUUUAAUUUUUUAAACAUACUCAGAUACUUCUAUUGACAUGAGGUUUAGGAUCUAUUUUUAAAAUUUUAAACCAUGCAAUUCUCAAACCAGAUGCACAUUAAUUCUUUUUUUGUUAAUAAAUCACAAAUAUUCCAAACAACAGGGUCUUGCUUUGGUAAGAGUUAGAACAGUGACAGGCUAAUGGAGGAGAACAUUUAGUUAAUAAGGCAACCAUGAUACAUUCUUUUUCCCCUAAGCAACUUACCAAACCCCAUAUAUUUGGUAUGAGAAUAUGCACAGAUGAGAAACACAAAACAGGCAGUUAAUCCUUGUAAAGGGUAUGUUAAUUCAGUAACUAUUCAAACCCCAAUCCUGCAAAAUUUCACAUGCGAGUAUCGCGGAUGCUUAAUUCCCGUAAGAAAUACACACAUGAACUUGUACUGCUCUGAGAUCUAAUGAGGUCUAAAAAAAAUACUUAACAGGUCCUAAAGCUGCUCCCUUACAGAGAGCUGACUUGUGGAAUGCAAGGCAUGGAAAUAGAGGUGCAUGACAGGUAGGUGAGAAAUGCCCUAUUUAUAAAAGUUCAGAAGUCAGGCAGACAGAAGUUUGCUAGUGGGAGUCUCCGUUCCUAAAACCAGGCCAGUUAUUACAGAAACGUAUCCUUGCAACUCUCACUGUAACUGCACGAACACUUCAGGGAUCUGUGUGUUCUCACCUUAUCUCUGUAUUUCUACUAAGAAAGCUCUACCUCUACGAUGCAGUCCUUUCUCUUCACACAAUAUUGACCUAAUAAAUAAUGUCAU